AUGAAAACAGGCUGCAAUAAUCUUUGGGCAAUUAGCUUAUGCUCUAUUGAUUAUAAUAUAUACGAAAUUGUAACUAGCUUGCUGCUAGUAAUACGUCUCUGUGAGAUUCGAACUCACGCUCUUCCAACCAAGGUUGGAAAAACACCUGUCAAGCCAACUAAAAAGUCAACUAUAGACCGAGACGGGGGGAAGAAAUCGAAAGACAAGGGCGAACUUCACUUUUUUAGGCAACAAAGACCGCGUUCAGUCAAAAACUCAUUGAACAAGCACAUCUUCGCGAAAACAGGAUCAGAACACCGAUCACGAGAGAGUGGAGGCUUGAAUAAAGCUAACAGCCAGCAAGAAGUAGACCAGUACAUCAUGACAGUCAGACCAAACUCUAUACUGACUCUCCUACUUGGGCUCAAUAAGCGUCCCAACUUGUUAAAUCAGUCAUACCCCAGACAUAUGGAUGCCUAUCGCACGGGUUGA